UACCCUGCAAUCUCUUCUUCUCGUCAUAUUCAGAAAUCAGACCAAUCGUCCCUCACAUUACCAGUUAACCAGAAAUACUACGUCGAUUAGAAAUAGAUGGAGUUCCAGUCGAUUUCGUACAUCGUAUCUCGUAAGGAAAUCAUGUCAGAUUACGAGGAUUCGAAGGAUGAAUCUCUGAUGGAGAAGAUACACGAUCACAAGAAUUCAUCAUUUUCUUCUAUUUCUUCAGAUUCCAAUGAUGAUAGUAAGCUUUCAUCUAUCAAAUCAAACGUGUUCCAUCUCUUCGGCAUAGAAAAGCUUGUUCAUAUGGUCUUCGGCGGUGGAAAACAAACUGGUCUUAAUAUGGAAGAUCUCUUACGAGGGAAUAAGUAAUUGUUGUUGUUGCUGCUUUUGUUGUUGCUGUUUUUGCUAUUUUUGCUGCUACUGAUUGUUGUUGUUGCUGUUUUUUGAUGUUGUUGUUUUUGUUGUUAUGUGUUGCUGAUUUGUGUUGUUGUUUUGUUGUUGUUGAUACUAUUGUUGUUUGUGUUGUUUUUAUUGUUGUCGUUUUUGCUUUUAUUAAUUACAAUUUCAGUCUC